AUGAAGUGUUUGCUGACAUUAGUAUUAAUUGGUUCUGCACUACCACAUCCUGGCCCCAAUUCUUUCGGUCAGGGGCAAAACGUCAACACCGUUGGAGGUGUAAGUGAAAAUCUUUUGAACAGACUCUCUCGUGAAGCAGCCUGGUCCUAUGGCCAAAUCAUCCAGGCAACCUUCUGCUUUCAGAAUACAUCACAGUCACUUGACAAUCUCAAGACAGCCUUGACGAACUGGGCGAAGCAGUAUGGAAUUCAGAACGAGUACCAGAAAUUUGUCGCAGACAUGGAAAAGGAGAAUGCUGAUUUCAAAAAAGACGUAAAGGAUUUGAUGCCCAAACUUACGACCUAUUUCACUAACUAUGUGAAGAUUAUGGACGAUAAGAAGCAGUCGGAUUGCAAACGCGUUCACCAAAAUAACCGAUCUCGCCAAACCGCUCGACGAUAA